GGAAAGGAAACGUCAAGAAGCUUGGAUCCGACUAUACUUACAAUCUUUGAUUUCGAUUUUUAAUCGAUUUAGAAAAAAUUCAAACAAUAAAGUGAAGCACUACCUGAUUAAAUAAAAAGUAAAUAUUCAUUGUCUAUUACUUUUAUUUGACAUCCAGAGAGUGGACGUCAUCUUGUACCAUAAAAAAAUUUUUAUUUGAUUACUUGUAAAUUGAAUAAUUUUACAAAAUAAAACUAAUCUAUUUAUCAUUUUGAUAACUAUAUUUAUAUAGUCACAAUAUCAAAAAGUUGACGUCAUGUUCGUGUGAUAAAUGUAAAAAAAAAAGUGAAGUGAGUGUGACGCUACAUGCAUUGUGAUUUGUGUCGGUGAUGUAAUUUAGGAGAUUGGGUGGCUUCGUAGUCGCAGGUACUACAAUGGAAGAAUCUUCAUUCACUAUCCCGGCCGACGACAACGGUGAGACUGAGCUCGACCCCAGAAUACAGGUGGAGCUGGAGAAAUUGAACGCAGCGACCGAUGAGAUCAAUAAGUUGGAAUUGGAAUUAGAUGAGUCAAUGAAGACGUUCCACCUGCUGCUGAACGAGACGUCGCGCCGGCUGCAGGCGCUCACCAGGCGGCUGGGCGCGUGCGUGGACAAGUCCCGGCCGUACCACGACGCCGUCACCGCCGCCGCCAGCGCGCGCGCCGACUGCCAGCGGGCGGCCGUGCAGUUCCAGCGAGCUAGCGAACUCCAUGGUGCAGCGAAGGAAACGGUGACUCUCGCGGAGCAGCGCUUCGUCAGCAAGCAGGACGAGUGGCAGUUUGACAGCAAUUGGCAGGAGGUGCUCAACCAUGCCAUCAUCAAGGUUAUGGACGCAGAGAAAAGGAAAGCAGAAAGUGGUCGCGAGCAUCAAAGGAAAGCUGCCGCGUAUAUCGCCGCUGAAAGAAAGGUAGCGCAACUUGAGGAGAACUUAAAACGUAAUAUCAUCAAAUCGAGAGUGUACUUCGAAGAGAAGAAACUGUGCGAUGAACAGUUACAAGCACAAAAUGAGAAAAUAGAUAAGUUACAACGUCUCAUAGCAGACGCCAAGUACAGAUAUGCUCAAUCAUUAAAAGCUUUGGAGGAAAUAUCUGAAGAAAUACAUAGACGUAGAGGGGAAUACCCACCAGGGAAGGACUCUAUACCAGUGGGACCUAGAGAGCCAGGCGUUGGGGCAGAAAGGGAUCCUAUACACGACGAAACACAAAUAGGCACUGAAAAAGACGACGAAUCGAGCUUACAAGAACUCAGAAUGCGUGUGAGAGAACUAGCUCUGAAACCUAUAGACAGAACCGACGUGGAGACUGACGAAGCAUGGGCUUUAGAACUAAAUGAAACUAUCAAUAAACUAGAUCAACUGUUGAUGAUUAAAGAAACGAAUCAACAAAAAAGGUCUAAAUUCACAGAAACCACUGCCAGAAACUCGAGCGCUCCAUCAACUAGUACCAACACUGGCAACAAAUAUGACCCACCGAGUGACAAUUUUAACACUGACACAAAUCUAUCACGCACUAAAUCCAUAAGUCGAGAAGUGAUAUAUGAGAACAGUAAUCCUAUAAGUAAAAUAGAGAAAUCUAAAAGUAUGAUGUCGCUAGAUGUGUUAGCUCUGGCUAGAGAUGCGACGAUCAUGGAUCGAGAGUCUUAUUUAAAAGCAGUUAUUGAAGAUAAAUCCCCAACGGGAACGUACACGGAAAGUAAUUCUGACAGAAACGAAAGUCCAGAUGAUAUUUUGAUGGUCGAAUGCGAUUCCAGUGACUCGACGCAAAAUCCAGUUAUAAGAAUGACCAGUUCUACUAUCACUGACAGUGAUAACAGCUAAACGUCUUUUGGAAAGUCGAAUUAUUCUUGUUUGACUGGAGUCAACUGGAAUUCCACAUGCGCGCUCUCCUUGUGAAAGUUUGUUUUAAUAGUGUUGCUAAAUUUUAUGCAGUUUUAUGUUCUGGUAACAUUGUUGACUUGAAAAUUGUUAUUAUUGAAUUUUUAAAAGCUUUUAAAGAUGAAGAAACCUUCAACAGUGACGCAAAUAUGUAAAAUUGCAAAAUCAAAGAAAACAAAACAAAAAUCAUCAUUAUUUUUGAUUUUAAGAUACGCUGAAUACAGUAAUGGAGAGUGGCAUGUAUUCAUUUGUCUUACGACUCGUAUCCUCUUUGAGUACGUAAAGGCGAAAUAAAAUUUUACAAAAAAAAAAUUAAAUGUCUAUGGUACUUAUGAAACUUAGAUUUUAUUAAGCGCACAUAACCGUUUGUAUAGCGUUUUUGUGCACUGUGCUCUUAACUUAUCGAAUUUAAAUUGAAAAAUUUAUCGUACCUUUUAAAAAUUCAUGUCGUUCGUUCCUAUUCGCAAUUAGAUCGUUAAACCUAAAAAAUAACUCUCCUCUAUUUUGUUUACGCCCACUUCUAAAGUAGUUAUUAGUUGAACCAUGUUUAAAUUUAAAUCGUCCACAAUAAUGAUUAUGGAAUAAUUAAAAAUCACUGUUAGUAAAGAGGUGUCCAGUUAAAACUAAUGUUUUAUAUACUUAAUAGAUAUUCCAACAAUUUUUUUUAAUUGCAAAUGCAAUUUCAAAUUGCUAACUUAACGAGCUCACAAAUGCUGUUUGAAAAUGCCUUGUUUUAUAACCCAAGUAGUAUUUACCCCAUUUUUAAGUUUUGAAUGUCUUAAAUUCAGGUUUGGUGUUCUACCAAAUUUUCAUUCCUCAUUAAUUUCAAAAUAAAAAAAUGAACAUUACAAUAUAAAUAAACGAUGAUAAUAAAUAUUGAAAAGGGUUUAUAUUCAUAAUUCAUAUCGAGGGUAUAUUACAAAAUAUGGUUGUGUGUUUUUGUUAUAUUUGUAAAGUACUUGUUUUUAAGCAACUUAACAUCGAAUAAUUAAAAUUUAUUAGAAUAUCUUUCAACUUUUGCUGGGAAAAUUCAAGAUGUUCUGUACUUUUUAAAAGACGAGCCAUUGCAAAAAUCACUGUCAUGGGAGUUUUGGUUUCGCUGAUAAUGUUAUUUAACUUGAUGGUAAAUAACAUUAUUAACGCCAUUUCUAUGAUUUGAUCUAAAAACUAAAAAUCACUGCCACUUGGUGUAGUGGCUUAAAUUUUGAAUUGUACACGAAAUACAUAAAUGUAAUUAGGCUACUGAAAAGUCUUGAAUGUUAAGCCUUAAUAACGUCUGACGGCUAAUUAUUAAACUAAGUUAAUUUGAUAAAUUAAUAGUUUUAAUUUAUAGAUACAUAUAAACGCUAAAUUACAGUUUUAAGCCAUAUCAGACCACCGACAUCGCUCACAAAUAAUAUGUAUUUUUAUAUUCACGUAUGUAUGUAUUCUGAUUUUUAGAAUAAUAUAAUAUUUAAACGAUUAUAAAUAAAAAUAUGUAUACACCAUGUAUAAUAUAUAAUUGAUUUUACGUGGCACUUCAACACAUUCGUACAAUGUGCUUGCGUAGCGUAUGUUGAACUUACAAAUGACUAAAGGCGAUGCCUCAUUAGUGCGACGUCGCAACGGAUCAACGCCACACCUGCAGCGCAUGAGGACGACGCACACACCCAGACAGUUUCAACAAAUGAGCGCAGUCCUUCGCCCGUUGAAACGUCGCCUGCGACGCAUCACGCAAUGCAUUAAUGUGGCAUGUCAUUAAAAAUAUUUGGAAAUCAACGCGUCGUCGACGCAACGCACAUUUCUGGUCAGACUGACCUGCAUAUAUGCAAUGUAGACUGAAAAAUCUUUAUAGAUAAUCGAGUGUUGAUUGUGUUGCUGAGAUAAUGUUGAAACAUGAAAUAAAAGGAUCACUUGAAACUUAUCUAUGGUUUUUAAAGAUAUAAAAAUUCUUUUAUAAUGUGUACAACAAUAAUGUUUACACGAAAAUAAUGUGUUAGAUAUAUAUAUAGAAGUAGGACCUUGACACCAUGACUUUUCUAUGUAAUAUAUAUAAAUAAAUGGCUAUCAAUAAAUAUGAAAAUGUGUGUAACAAUAUCCACUAUCUAGACUACACAAUGGUUGUCAAAUUAAACUGAUAAGACGAGAUGAUGUUAUUAAGAGAUACUUAUAUAUCUCAUAAUAACACCAUUUUAUAAGCCAAGUUUUUACAGAUGAGUUUAAACCAAACCGUUAUCUGUCAAUAUUUUAAAUGGGCAAAUAUUUACAAGAGUAUCUAACUUUAAAAUCUAGUAUACAUUGUCAUAUAGAAUCUGUGCACUGGUUUUUAUCAUGGUCCAGAUCUCUUUCUAUUUUGCCUUUUAAGUUGACAGGUAAACUGAAGGUUACUCUUGCUUGUAUUGUUGGUUUAAAGGAAGGUCAACAAUGCUUCUAAAUUGCUAUGUUGUGGCAAAAGUUUUCUCAUUUUAUAAAAGCUGAAAAUUUGGCAGCCUAUGCAUUUAGUUAGUCACAAAUAUGGUAGGCUAUAGUUUGGACAUAGUUUCAAGAGUCUAGACCCACCAGCCAAAACAAAAAGCGUAUUUUUUGUUUUAUUAUGUACCAUUUCGAAAUUAAUUUCGUCCUUGACAUGUCCCAAGUUUGGGUCGUUUGGGUUCCAGGCAACCCUUCGGAAAAACAAUUUAAGAUCGAUGCAUUAAGUUGAGUCUGGCGAUUGAGGGCGUAAAAAUACGUUUUUUUACUUUGAAACCUGUAUCGUUGAAACAUCCUAUCUCUCAAAGACAACGCGUUUCAAUUUCUAUAGUUGUUUAUCACAAUUAUUUGUCUUAGGACCACGGGCGAACAAACUUUCAGCUUUUAUAAAAUGAGAACGAUCUGGUUAUCACAGGCCCUCAUUCUUAUUGUACAAAUAUGUGUUCAGCGAUAAACCAUAUACAAUAUACAUAUAAGAAUACCUACGACUACAUUCUUCAUAUAACUACAAAUAAACUCGUGCAUAUCAUACAAUGGUGACUGGUCGAUCGAACGCUACCGCAUACAAACUUUGGUCGCGUUGAUGUUCCUUUUACAAUUUCCUCCAGUAUUUCCUAAUAUCGAAUGCACUGUAUUUCGUCUUUCUGGUAAAGCACAAAAUGUUUUCACCUACUUUUCUUCUAACAUUUUCUGUCAAUAAAUGUUAUAAAAUUUAA